GCCGUAUACGGGUCGCUUUCCUAAGCGGUGGCCACUAUCAGUUGUUUGGCGAUCGCCAAGAGGCGCGGAUCGAGUAAAAUACGGCGUACAUUCCGCAAUCGAAGCUUAGAUUACUGGAAGACGAUGUGGUUUCUGGGGGCUUUGGUAGCCUCCGUUGUGCUCCUAACGGGCAGCCUGCAAGCCGCAGAUCUCCCAGCUUAUGAAACACUGAGGGAGCAGAUCAUGGAAGCGGAGCGGGUGGCCUCACUGGGGGGCAACAUCUGGCUGUCGUCCGACGAGGAGAAGGCUAACAGCAUCCUGAUGAACGCCAAGCGGGCGGAGAUCGCCGAGGGCCUCAAGACGCCGGAGAAGUACGCACCCGCGAUGCACUUCUUCCAGGGCAGGCAGUACGUCCGCCAGAGCGAGGUGUUCCGGAUGAUCCAGAAGAUGCCGAAGGGCGCCUUCCUGCACGGCCACAACACGGGCAUGGUGACUUCCCGCUGGAUCAUCCAGAACCUGACCACCACCAAUAAUCUGUACACCUGCCGCAAUGUGGACGGACUGCUGGUGUUCACCUACGAUCAGUCCGGGUGUCACAGCGAGGUGCAGAAUGUGUGCACCGAGCGGAUUAAUGCCGAGGAUCGGGGAAAGUACGAGCGCCAGCUGGAGAAGCACAUCAAUAUGCAUGGACCCAGGCCGGAAGCUCUGUUGCCGAAUCGGAAGAAGAUAUGGGAGCGCUUUGAGAACAUAUUUACCACCGUGGAUCGGCUUUAUAAGUACCGACCCACCUACUGUGCCUAUCAUAAACGCAUGUUGGAGGAACUUUGUGAGGACAACAUAAUCUAUGCCGAGAUACGAGCCUCCCUAUCGCCGCUCUACGACGACAACAAUCGAACGCUGAGCACCUUGGAGGUGGCCAACGAGCUGGAACGGAUUGUGGAGGAGUUCAAGGCCAAGCACCAUGACUUCGUCGGCGUUAAGGUGAUAUAUGCCAAGCGGAAUCGUGCAUCCGAGGAGGAGAUGUUGAGGCGAAUCACCACUUUUAAACAGCUACACCAUGCCAAACCUAACUUUGUGAUAGGAUUCGACCUGAUUGGCCAGGAGGACACUGGAGAUCCGCUUAACAGGUAUAUCAACCAACUGUCCGAUCUUCCCAGUACGGCAAACUACUUCUUCCACGCCGGCGAGACGAAUUGGAAUGGCCGGACGGACUGGAACAUGAUGGACGCCAUUCUGCUGAAUACGAAGCGGAUUGGACAUGCAUUUGCCCUGCCCAAGCACCCACAAUUGUGGUCCACCAUCAAGAAGCGCAACAUCGCCAUCGAGGUGAACCCCAUUUCCAACCAGGUCUUGGGCUUCGUCUGGGAUCUGCGAAAUCAUCCUGCCAGCUUCCUGAUAGCCGAGAACUUUCCCAUCGUAAUAUCAGCCGAUGAUCCGGGAGUCUGGGGAGCCAAGGGUCUCAGCUACGACUUCUACUACGCCUUCAUGGCCCUGGCUCCUGCGGAAGCGGAUCUUCGUUUCCUCAAGCAGCUGGCCUUGAACUCCAUCAAGUACGCAGUGCUCACCUCCGACGAGCGGCGGAAAAUCAAUCGGGUGUUCCAGCGCAAGUGGCAGGAGUUUAUUGCGAAUGUCUUGAACCCAAAGUUCUAAGUUCUAAUAUAAAAGGUUAUAGUCUAAAUCUAAAU